AUGGACUGCAUUCCAGCGCAGAAGGUGCAUUAUGGUACUCACAUGCUGGAGAUCGAAGCUGAUGUUUGGUGGCUAGAGACUCAUAGUUACAGAAUUUAUGAAGAGGACAAUAACGCUCAUUAUAAGAUCCUCAAUGAGAAGCAGGGUAAGCACCAACAUAACUGUGGAAAAUCUUAUGAUGCUCCAGUUGGUAAGGGUAAACAGAAGGUUGCUAAUGGUCAGAGAACUAGUGCUGGAGACACUCCUACUGGAGUUGUGUGUUUCAAAUUUGGAAAACCUGGUCAUAAGAGUAAUGCAUGUACUACAAAGGUAAAUAGGUGUUUCUGUUGUGGCGAAGUCGGGCACAUAAUAACUGAUUGUAAGUGUAAGGAGGUGGUUUGCUUCAACUGUGGUGAAGAAGGGCAUAUUAGUAGUCAGUGUCAGAAGCCGAAGAAGGCACAAUCUGUUGGGAUAGUGUUUGCAAGGACGCAGACAGCUACUAAGGAUAGAAUGAUCAAAGAUACAUGUAUCAUUAAUAUUGCUCAUUUAAUUACUAUUAUUGAUACUGGUGCUACUCAUUGUUUUAUUGUUGCUGAUUGUGUGGAUAAGUUGGGUCUUGUGUUGUCUUCUAUGAAUGGAGAGAUGGUCGUCGAUACUCCAGCUAAGGGAUCAGUGACUACUUCUCUAGUGUGUUUGAAGUCUCCCUUGUCGAUCUUCGACAUAGACUUUGCUGUUGAUUUGGUUUGUUUGCCGUUAAGUUAG